AUGGCCGCCGCCGCGCCAGAGAGGCGCAAGCAACACAACCUGCUGCUAGUAGAGAAGCUGUUCGAGCAGCGAGCGGGCGUCUCGCCCUUCACGCUGGUGCUGGACAGCACGCAGCAGUCGGGGCGCCCGCUCGUGAGGCUCGUGCUGGCGAGGGCGAAGGCCGCAGGCAUCCGCACGGUGUACCUCUCGUUUGGCUCGACGGACCGCCCAAAGAACGUCGACUUCUUCCUCCCAGCAGGGGAAUGGUUAUGGGGACAGGACGAGUUCAUCGAUCCGAACCAGCACACUCUAAUCGCCUGCGACAGCCUGAACGAGCUCGCGAACUUCGAGGAGGAGCGACUCAUCAACCGGCUUCAAAACUUCAUCGGAGAGCACAGCUCUCUCCUGGGGAUGUUCGACGUCGACGAGCCCACCGUAGGCUCAACCACCAACCCCUACGCACCUUCCCCGGUCACGCAACUCAAGACGAUUGCGACCACGACGUUCCAUGUGCGAUCAUUCCACGACGUUCUCGCGGAGAAGCAGGCACAGAACCGCAGCCAGGCAGAUCCAUUCUUCGGCCUCUACGAGAACAUCGACGGUAUCUUGCAAGGCCUCAACUCACAACGACUCGACGGCAUGAUCCUCGAGAUGGACUACAAGCGCAGGGGCAGCGGCCGUAGCUUGAAAGAACGCUACUACGUCGUCACGAAGCGUGGUGGGAUCUCCCACGAAGCCCACGGCGUCGUCUCUCUGCUAGAGCAACACCCACUCUUUGCACCACAGACACCAUAUCAAGCCGAAGAAGACGAAAGGGAGAUAGAGAAGAACAGGGAGGAGUCAACAUUCGAGCUGGACAUUACUGAAAGGCAGCGAGCGGCCCGUCAAGGCGUCGUGUUGCCGUAUCACGACGCCCAGAGAGGUGGUGGAGAUGGUGGGCGUAUAUUGUACGAUAUGGGGGUUGAGGAUGACUUUGAUCCGGAGGAAGAUGAGAUCUAG